AUGGGCAAUGAAGUUGAUAAAUAUGUCAUUGAGCAACGCUGUGUGUUUAUUAGGACCUGUGAUGUUGCUAGAAUCUUCCUAGCUUCAAAGAUUAAAAAUGGCAAAUUUGUGUCUGAUUAUAAUUAUCUCCUGCAAAAGGAACUAACAUGGAAGUUUAUCGAGUUGGAAGCAAACUAUUUAAAUCCAUUCAUCACUUGUCUUCAGUAUUACAUCGACUUGUCAUUGUCAUCAAGCUGGACUGCCUCACAUGUCGAAGACUCAAGCAGCACAGAAGAAAAACAUGAUGCUGAAAGGACUGAUAAUGAUGAAAAUGUUAAAAUAAUUAAAUUUGAGGGAUUCAACAAAAAAGAUUUAACUCAAUCAGAUUUAAGUCCUUUUUGUCAGCGAUUUGAAAACGCGGAUAGCAUUUGGAUUGAGGAAUUAAAAUCUGUCAACGAAAAUUUGUUUCAACAAUGCACAAAUUUGAAAGCAAUUAGGAUUGAAGGCUUAGAAAUGGAAGAAAUACCAGAAAAUUUAUUUUCUUUUAAUUCAAAUUUAAUUGGAAUUCAUCUUAACGAUGGCAAAUUAAGGACAUUACAGGAAAAUGUUUUCUCAAAACAAAAUGAACUUAAGACUUUAAACUUAGAUCAUAAUCAGAUUUCUUGUUUGCCACCAAACAUUUUCAUGCCACUCACAAAGCUUCGCUAUUUACAUCUUCAAUCAAACAAAAUUCAAUCAUUAAAUCCAAAAUGGUUUGAAAGUCUUCAAUCUUUAAAAAUUUUAUGGCUUAAUAACAAUGAAAUUCAAGAUUUACCAAAAAAUGCUUUUGCGAAUUUGAGUAGUUUGGAAGAGCUUUACUUAAAUUCCAAUCAACUGACAAAAAUUCAUUCAGACUCAUUCGGAAUUCAUAAAAAUCUACGAGGAAUUUAUUUACGCUACAGCAAAAUCAACGCAAUUGAUGAAAGAAUCCUCAUCAAAACAGCAGUCAAGGAGCUUGACAUGUCAGGAAAUGUUUGCAGCAGCAAAAAUAUUCGUCAAAGAAACAAAAUAAGAGAAGAGCUAAUCAACUGCUUCAGCAACUACCAACCACGUGUAGAGCCAACUGCUCAUUGUAUACAUAAUAAGCAAAGUAAACGAUUAAGUACGGACGACUUUUCGGUAAUGCUCGGUGUUCAUAACCACAAAAUGUCAGAAGAAGCAGGACGAAUCUCAGUUAAAGUCAACUUCAUUUAUAUCCAUCCAGAUUGGGAUAUUUAUUCAGAAUCUUGCGAUGCCGACAUUGCAAUUUUGGAACUGGCUAAAGAAGUCGAGUUUAACAAGUUUAUUCAACCAAUUUGCAUCCCAGACAUUGAUUCAAAUGUUGGUAAACUAAGACGUGGAAUUGCUGUUGGAUUUGGCAUUACUGAAAAUGACGCAAUUUCCGAUGUUGCAAAUAAGCUUAAAAUUCCAAUUUAUGAUUACCAAAAUUGCACUGAACAUAAUCCAGAUCAUCAACCACUUAUUAGUGACAGGACAUUUUGUGGUGGACCUGCUAAUAAAUCAGGCGUAUGCAAUGGAGACAGUGGAUGUGGAGUUUAUGUUAUUCACCAAAGGAAAUAUUAUUUACGUGGAAUUGUUUCGUCGGCUUUACGAAACGAAGUUAAUGAGUGUGAUGUCACAAGAGUAGCUGUCUUUACGGACGUGCCUAAUUUUUAUGGAUGGAUCAAACAUGGCGGAAUGGAUACUUGUGCAAAUAACAAGCAGGAUUGA